GACUUUGAGCAGGCAGACAAGAUCCGUGCAGAGCUUCAGGAUCUCGGAGUCGAUCUCCUGGAUAAAGAGAAGCUGUGGAAAUGCCCAAGCCGAGGGUUGCAGGGCAUCAUCACGGGCUUUCGCGCCAAUGAGCUGAGUGACGUGGAGGUGUCCACCCUUGUUCUGCAGCGGGAGAAGGCCCGGAUGGCCAACGACUAUGAGCUCUCAGACAUGAUUCGCGAUGAGCUAAAGAACCAUGGGGUAACCAUUGACGAUAAGAGAAAG